GUCCAAUAUGGCAGAUAAAUCAAAGCCCAGACAAAAAAUAAUAUGACACGAGGCUGCUUUCGCUGUUUCAGUGAGAGACAGAGUCAAGUGCCUGAUAAAAGUAAAAAGAAGAAUGAGGAAUUGAGGAUGAAGAUGGCUGUAGAGUUGAUCUAAGCCGAGGUGUUUGCAAGCAAGGAGAGCAAGAGAAAGUGACUGCCCUGCUGAUUCGGCUAUUAGCUUACCACUACUCUCCGUCCGCCGGUCCAAUCCAGUCCAGUAAGUUGCUAACUCAACCAAAGGAAGUGGGACGGUCGACAUUCAAAGUCAAGGAGAGUGAAGAGUGGAGGAGAGGAGAGGAGAGUGUCGAUUGUUGACACGUAACCCAAAAUCUCGCCUUUCGGGGGGUUUUUAUUUCCCUUCUUUGAUUCAAUUAUAAAGGAUGAGAGUUGCAGUCGCAGUGGGAGUGUCAACACCACCGGUCGCAACCAUGAGGUCCUCCUGUACCAGAAGAAUCGUGGCGGUUUCUUACCGGUUCGUCUCAAUGCACAUGGCUGCGGCUCCUCUAUCUCGCACUCUGAGUACGGAGAGUGUUGCCGCCCGCCUCACGAGCGCUGGCCUCCUGCGCACCAAGGGCCUCAUCGGAGCCAAUUGGACUGAUGCUCGUGAUGGUAAAACCAUGCCUGUUUACAAUCCGUCGACCGGUGAAGUGAUCGCGGAUGUUCCAUUCAUGGGAAGCAAAGACACCGAAGAUGCUAUCUCCUCUGCCUACGAUGCCUUCCCCGCUUGGAGCAAGCUCACUGCCACUGAAAGGAGUCAACUUUUGCGCAAAUGGUACGACCUACUCAUGGCCAACAAAGAAGAGAUUGGGCAACUAAUUACCUUGGAGCAAGGCAAGCCUCUCAAAGAAGCCAUUGGCGAGGUCAAUUACGGAGCCAGUUUCAUCGAGUACUUUGCCGAGGAAGCUAAACGUAUAUACGGAGACAUUAUCCCACCAACACUUAAUGAUCGUCGCAUUCUAGUCCUUAAGCAGCCUAUUGGUGUUAUUGCAGCAAUUACUCCUUGGAACUUCCCUUUGGCUAUGAUUACUAGGAAGGUUGGUCCUGCUCUUGCUUGUGGCUGCACAGCAGUGAUUAAGCCUUCUGAACUUACACCUUUCACAGCCUUAGCAGCAGUUGAGCUGGCUCUUCAAGCUGGAAUUCCCCCGGGCGUUCUCAAUGUUGUUAUGGGAGAUGCUCCUGCUAUUGGAGAUGCGCUGAUGGCCAACACUCGGGUUAGAAAGAUCACGUUCACUGGGUCAACAGCUGUGGGAAAGAAGUUGAUGGCAGGUGCUGCUGGGACUGUCAAGAAGGUCUCCUUGGAACUUGGUGGCAAUGCGCCCUGUAUAAUAUUUGAUGAUGCAGACCUGGAUGUUGCUGUUAAAGGAACUCUUGGAUCAAAGUUCCGCAACAGUGGGCAAACGUGUGUUUGUGCGAAUAGAAUACUUGUACAAGAUGGCAUCUAUGAUAAAUUUGCUGCUGCUUUCUCCAAAGCCGUUCAGAUUUUGCAAGUUGGUGAUGGCUUUAGUGAAGGUGCAUCCCAGGGUCCACUGAUUAAUGAUGCUGCAAUAGAAAAGGUUACUCUCCUUUUGAUAUAUAUUGAAUUGAAGGGAGCAGACGUUCUUCUUGGUGGCAAAAGACAUAGCCUUGGGAGGACAUUCUAUGAACCAACUGUACUGGGAAAUAUCAGUAGUGACAUGAUUGUCUCAAGAGAGGAGGUAUUUGGACCAGUGGCCCCGCUGAUGCGGUUCAAAACAGAGGAGGAAGCUAUUAGCAUUGCUAAUGACACCAAUGCAGGAUUGGCUGCGUAUAUAUUCACAACAAAUGUUCAACGGUCAUGGCGUGUUACCGAAGCUCUCGAGUAUGGACUUGUUGGUGUUAAUGAAGGAGUAAUUUCGACAGAGGUUGCUCCAUUUGGAGGAGUGAAACAAUCUGGUCUUGGGCGGGAAGGUUCCAAGUAUGGGAUGGACGAAUAUCUGGAGAUGAAAUAUGUGUGCUUGGGAGAUAUGAACAGGAAAUGAUUGCAUUGCACCCACCACCCAUCAAAGGAAGGGAACAGUUGGAAUGUGGGUUGUGGAAGCAGCCAAUAUCAACCCAAAGGCAGCUUUGCAUUUUCAGGGUCAAGGUCCGGGAGAGUGAGAAACUGUAUGUUGUCUGAAGCUGAACCAGCCUUGUAAUUUGUCUUUUGAUAUUUUCUCUUUCUGGGUUGUCUUCCAAUGGAUGUGUGUAGGAUACAAUGAACACAAGUUUUGUUGGAGCCUGGAGGCCUUGGCCUCUGUGAAAUAAGUAGGACUAGGCAAACCUCUAUCUUCUUCUAGUCUUGACAGCCUCUUUUCCGAUUCCGAGUGAGGGAAAAACCCGGUACUCAAAACUUUGCGUUGGUUGGGUCACUUGGUUUCUUACUGCCGAGGUUUAUUGAAUGGGCUUGGGCUGCGGCUCGUUAAAUUGGGCUACGAUAUAUGCGCUUGCCUCCUCCGUUGGAGUGGGCCUGUAACCAUCACAUAUUUGAAUGGACCAACUGGUUUUUAUUUCAAGGCAGCUGAGCUAUUUUAUCCAACCCUAACUCAUCUCUUGC